UUGAAUGUGUCACUGUCUGUCCAAAAUGUUUCUCUCGACCUGUGUAAACUUACAUUCAUAGGUUAGGUUGUAGCAACCUCAUGAUGGGUAUUGGGCAAAUAAGAGUAUCAUGUAGUAGCAUAAUCCUAUCGCUGUUAAGAUAUUCAAUUCCCUAAAUUCAAUGUAACAACGAUAGGACAUGAUACUCUUAUUUCCCCUUUACCCAUCAUGAGGUUGCUACAACCUAGCCUAUCCACAGUCAUCCAAUAUGCGAUGAUAGAAAUAAGGCCAUGCUCAUGAUGUACAAGCAAAGCUAAUUUGAUAUUGUUUGAAAGUAGCUAGCUAAUAAAUUCAUAACUAAUGGAAGUUGUCUGUUUUCUCAUUGCAAUUACCAUAGCUUUGUUAUAUAUGGCCAAGAUUUGUGAACUAGCGAGCUAGCAUAGCUUAAUGAAACCAAUGUUUUCAGCUAGCUAGUGUUAGUUAGCUCUUAAUGCUAAUAUUAUGCGUUUAUCGUGGGAUGGAUGUUGAUAAACGCAGUUAAACGUUGGGUUUACAAUAUGUAGCUACUUGUUGAAAACCACGAUAUACCUUUUUCAAUGUAUAGCUAGAUUUCUAGAAAACAUGUCUCGCAGACCAAAAUACUGUCGUUCCCCCGCUGUCAAAACGGGUUCGCUGUGCUUUGUCCAUGAGUGUGCUGGCCAGAGCAUCCCAUCUGCUGCUCUAACUGCGACAUGUUGUGGGAGUGCAACGUUUGUGGUGUCGUCAUCAUUCAUAGCCAUCUUCAGGCUUGCCAGCGCCUGCAUUGUAACCAAUACAUUUUAGUGUAUGGUUCUAGCUAGUUAUUUUAUUUAUUUUAAAAAAUCAGAUAGUAUUUGUUGUUUAGUUUAUACUGCUCACUUAUUUUAUUAAUGGGAACCAUCCAUUGCAUGUGUAUUCUGCUUAUGGAGGCGAACAACUAUUUCAACUAUGGCACCCACUCCUCUGUGUCUGUUAACUCAGGACUGAAACUCUCCUCAGGGGAUUCUGUCUAUACUAAUGGGUCCUCCAUGAGUUUCCCUCAGCAGGAGAAGAAUAUGAACGGCAAAAUGAAUGUGAAUGGCAGCACUACUGUAAUUGGGUCCAGUGUGCCUGGCUCCCAACCUCCAACAGCCCCAUACCCUCAUAUGAGCAACCACCACCACCAGAGUAGCAUGGGCUACGACUACCUGUGGGGAGGACAGCCACAAUACAGCCCAGUCAUGAGCUUGUCUCCUGGGCAUGGCAUGCACCAGAAGCAGCCUCCCACUGGGGUGAUGCAGCAACAGAGCCAGCAGCAUUUCCAGGGUCACGGACAGUACCAACUGAACGGGGGCAUGCCUGGGUCCCGUCAGCCCCCCGUGGUGCCACCCCCAAACAUGAUUCUUACAGGGGGCCAGUACUGGAACAAGGUUAACCCGGGGCAACAGCAGAGCAGUGCAGCCAUGGCAAUGGGGUAUAACUCGCACAGCGUGUACGGGGCCUACCAGAGCCAGGUGCACCCUGGGAUUGCACCCUCACACCAUCACCAGCAGCAGCCUCCACAGCCACCCCCUCAACAACAGACACAGCAGCAACCUCAGCACUACAGCAUGGUGUCCAAUGGGAUUCCCUACUCCCAGCACCAGCCCCAGCACCCACCUCUUCCCGCUCCACAACCUCAGGCUCAGAUGAUGCCCCCUACCUCCCAGAAUUUCACCCCUCCACGGGGAAGCCCCCAGCACCACCAGAUGGGCCGGGGGGGCACAGGCAGCCCCCUCCCCAUGGCGGUGUCCUCUGUCCCCAUGAUGUCACCCAUGACAAUGGCGGAUAGUGGAUCGCCCCAGAGCCAGACCAGGGAGAGGAGUCCCCAUGGUGGUUCUGUAGUGAUGCCGGCUGUCAUGCAAGGGCGGAUGAGUGAAGCGUUUAAGGAUGUGGAUAAAGGCUACAAUGGGAUGGAGAGGGCGUCUGUCGCCCAGCGGCUGCCUAAAAGCGACAGCGACCCUCCCAAGCCCCCUGGACCUCCCAUGGGGCCCACCAGUGACUACUGCCAGCGCUCCAAGCAGCCAAUGGCCCAGCACCAUGAAAUGACAACCUUAGCGAGGGAGUCUGCGCUGCCUGAGCCUCCACACUCGAUGUCGGCACCUCCCCCUGUGGUUUCCACACCUCCUUCAGCUAAGGCAGCAACCCCUCCUAGGGUCUCCGCAGCUGCACACAAGCCUAAGAUCACAAUACGCAAUGCCAAGCGUCGGCUGGAGUGGUGUAAAGCUCGCCGCCAUUGGACUCUGGAGCAGUGGAAACGUGUUCUCUGGAGUGAUGAAUCACGC